GCUGUAAUUGAUCGAAUGGUAUGUGCUUUACAGGAUGAAGAUGAGUGGAAGGAAUUUGAGCAGAAAGAGGUGGAUUACAGCGGCCUCAGAGUUCAGGCAAUGCAAAUAAGUGAAAAGGAAGAAGAUGAUAGUGAAAAAAGAGAAGAUCCAGGUGAUAAUUGGGAAGAAGGUGGAGGUGGUGGUGGUGGUGUAGAAAAAUCUUCAGGUCCCUGGAAUAAAACAGCUCCGGUACAAGCACCUCCUGCUCCAGUAGUUGUUACAGAAACCCCAGAACCGGCAAUGACUAGUGGUGUGUAUAGGCCUCCUGGAGCCAGGCUAACCACAACAAGGAAAACUCCACAAGGACCACCAGAAAUAUACAGUGACACACAGUUCCCAUCCCUGCAGUCCACUGCCAAGCAUGUAGAAAGCCGAAACAGGGAUAAAGAAAUGGAGAAGAGCUUUGAAGUAGUAAGACACAAAACUAGAGGUAGGGAUGAGGUUUCAAAAAACCAGGCCCUUAAACUUCAGCUAGACAACCAGUACACUGUGCUUGAAAAUCAAACAAACAGCCACACACAUUACAAUUAAGGAAUGGUCUUUGCUACCCCUUCCAAGGUAACUAGACCACCGCUAACCACCAUGAACAGCCAUUCGUCAUCUGAUCUCUGCUGGAGCGACAGCAACCGAUGCAGACCCCUCGAUAUAAGUGACCGGCCCUAUCGCACUAUGGAAGUUUCAAGUGUCACAAUUGCUCUAUGUAUAUUGAAUUUAGGAGGAUUUUCAUUGUUAUAAAUGUGUGAACUAGAUUCAGCAGUGUUCUCUCAUAAUAAUUACUCUGCAAAUACAAAAAAAACCAAACCCACAAAAAACGGCAGCCAGUGGUCAUUUCAAAAUCUUUUUAUGUUCAGAUUCUGAGCCUUUGUAAGGUUGACUACCUCAGAUUUGCUGCACUCAUGUGGACUCAUGUGGAUCACAACUUCUGGAUUGGAACGUUACAGCUCUUAAGUGGCGAUAUGGAACUUACAACCAGUUCUACUGGAUUCCUAUCAGAAAUCCUGCAGAGAGUCAGCGUCUGGCUUCUGAUCUGCUGUAAAAGAUGAAGAUUUAAGUGACCUUAACUGACCUGUCCUGUGCCCCACCCUCCGGGAAUGCGCUCUGUAGUGGGCUGUGGCUGUUAGACCUCCUGGAACGUGCCGCUCUCAAAAGAACUGAUGUGUUCAGAUGCUCUGUGUAGGGCUGGGAUUUCUAAUUUAAACUUUGAGUUGUAUUCUGAGGUAACCACAAAUUCAACGAAACUUGGGUCUGCCAAGUGGGGAGGGGCAUGGGAGGGAAUAAUCUUGUUUCUUUCGGUAAUUUUUCAUUGGGGUAGUGCUUUCUCUAUGUUCCACAUUAAGGCCUUUUUUGCUUUAACUUGGAAGAAGUUAUUUGGCAGAGCAUAUUGCUUGGUUAAGUAAGUGACCUGAAAUAUGCAUUAGAAUUGUGAAAUUGCCAAUCCCUAGAGGGGAACCAAAUAGCCUUUGAUGGAAAGGGCAGUGGGUGCAGGGGGCUCUACUUCAGGUGCUGCUAAGCCUCCUCGAAUCAGGUCUAAUUAUAAAGUUAACUGCAGUGGAAAGAGGAUGGUUUCUGCUCAGGCCAAGGGAUCCACUGACCCAUUCUUAUAAAUUCAAAGCAACGUGAGCAGAACCUCAACCUAAAACCCACUUAGGUUUCAUGGACCUUGCAUAGUCUUUGACAAUUUCAGAUAUAUUUGUGCCCAAAUUUUUAAGUUACUGGACAUUCUGUAGAUUGUCCCAGGGUAGCUCUGUUACCAACCCUCUGGUGUGUCUUUAUGCUGUUCAUUUAAAAUCAGGGGCAAACCACAGGCGAUGUAGCACUUCUGUUUUAAUAAUUACAGCCUAAACUAUUCAGUCAUUUUUAGUCCUGAAAAGGGACUUCAGGAAGAUAGCCAGGUUUACUGAAAAGUUUCUUUCCAUCUAAUGAGAGUUUGAUAAUUUCCUAGUUUUGUAUCUUUGGUUCAAUAGAAAUAUGUCAGAGUGGUGUGUGACCACUUGAUGCAGAGUCUGGUUUCUCUGUAAUAAAUCCCUUUGCCAAAUGGGGGGAGUUGCAGACUUGCUACUGGCAAGAGUGAAGCAAGCGGGUGAGUAAAACUAUCCUGAUACGGGAGCAUAUUUCUGUGGGAGUUUAGUCUUGAUAAAAGUGUCAACACAGGAAUCGGACUCCUGGGGGGUUCCAGAUCUCCUGACAGGACUGCCAACCAUUCCUGGGCAAUAAUGUUGGUGUUCUCUGAGGUGGUGGGCUGGGAUGCCUGCCUUCGGAUGUGUUUGGGCGAGUUGCUGAGCAAACCAAGGAGAGGUUGGAUGAUUAAGCGAGAAAUAAGGGAUUCUUGGUUAAACUGAAGACUUCAUUUGGGAACCAAAAAUCUUAACAAAUCUCUUGGACCUUGAGCCACAUAUUUUCCCUGAAAAGUAUGCGUUUUUUUCCAGCAGAAUUUUGUUGAGGGUUAUGUUACUGAGGAAUGAACUGGAUGGGUAUGUGGAACUUACUUAAUGGCUUCCUGUACCAGAAAACUGAAGACCUGCAGGAGAUUUAAAACCAACUCUUGUUAUAACUUUUUAAAAGACUGUGAAAUUGUCAAAAUGCACAUGAAUCAAGUUUUAAUAUGCUGUAUGAUGGGUGGAGAGGCUGUCCAUUGUACCAUUUCUUUCUUUGAAUUCUCAGGCAUGGUUUGGCAGUGCAAGAACUCUUGUAACAUUAACAAAGUCAAUAAAAAGUGACUGGAU